AUGCCUCUAUAUUCAUUAAUUGAACAUAAAUUACGACAGUACAUGUUUUUGGGACAUGAAAAAUCUAUGUAUGUUCCACCUCCAAUUAGAAAUACAUUUUGGGAUGAACAACAAAAACAUUACGAAAAUUUUACUGGUGUGAGAAUAAUUGGGAACAUUGUAAAUAGAAAUAAAACUCAAGAGAUCAAUUCUAUUGUUCCAAUAAUUUUAAAGGUUAAUUCAGUUAUAUUAAAGUUGAAGUAUUUUAUGUGUUAUAUAUUAUAUAUAAUUAUUCAUUUAUAGAUUAAACAAGAAGGCAAUCUUCAUGAUGACCGACUCUUGAUUUUUGCAUUGGCCAUAUGUGCUAAAUUUAAUAAGACACAGUGUGUAAAAAUGGUUGCUGAUGCUUAUGCUGCAGUUUCAUUAAUUUGUACUGAUGGAUUGAAAUUGCUCAUGUUUGUUAAAUUUUGUCAAGAUGUUAACACUAUUCUUUAUGAAAAAGGUACCUUUUUAAAAUACUAAUACUAUGUAAUAAUAUAUAGGCAAUUUGGAAUAAUAUAUAAUAUAAUAUACAGUACUUGCCAUUCAGUUAUAACUUAUAACCAAGAGAUUUUUUUUAUUUUUGCUAUGUACAAUAAUAUUGUUACAAUAGUACUACAUACUUAUUGGUUUCCAGCAUUAAUUUAGGGGUUUCCAAAAGCUGCAUAUAUACGCUUACAGUAAUGUUUUAAUUUUUUAUUUUAUUUAAAUAUUUUAAAUGUCUAUACAAUGAAACUUUGGUUUAAUACUCUGUAGUAUUUAAUUUCAGUUCAAUCUAAUUACUAUUAAUUAUUUAUUUUUGAAUCACCUGUGUUUAGUAUCAUUUUUAAUCUAAAGCACUAGGUUUUUCUCGAAUAUUAAUAAGAAUUUCAAAAAAUGACCUCUUUAAAGUACUACCCAGAGAACACUUCCUUUCAGAAAACGUGCUAUACUUGAUAAUCAGAGUAUGCUUUCUGGUAGAAAAAGUGUUCACAUAAAAAAAAAAACCAAAAGAACAAAUAAACAUCAUUGUAAAAUGAAUACAUUCCUCGCUCCACUCAGAAUCUAAAAUUGAUUGAUUGUAUAUUUAUUUAAUAAAAUAUAUAUGUAUUUUUUUGUAUUUGUAUAUUAUUUAAUAUUUGUAUAAGUUCCUAAAAUUGUUUGUCCAGAGGUCAUUCAUCACGGGAGGGGGAAAUACACAGUGGGAUAUGUUAGAUUCACAUAAAUUAUGAUUAUUAUUUUUUUUAAUGAAUAUAGUAUUAUACUUGAUAAAAUCCUUAAAAAUUAUAUGUUCUCAUCUUUAUUAGAUAUUUGUUUAGACUUGUUUUGAAUAUAUUUUAUAUAAUUUUGCUUAGGUUAUAUACCUUAUAAAACUUCUGGAUUUGGGAAGUUAUUUUGUAGAACUAUCAAAAAAUGGUAUCAACAAAGGGAUCCAUUUGAAACCACAAAACUGUUAUUAAAGGAUCGAUGUUUUGAAGGUUUGACUCAUAGAGAACUAAUGUACCUAAUUCAUAUUAAUUCAAAAGAUCCAGGUAUGUAAUUUUAAAAAAAAGUAUUAAUUUGUCACUAAAUUAUUAACAAUGUAAAUCAUAGGUCAUAAAAUAUUUAUAACCUAUACAAUCUAUGGUAUUCAAGAGCUCAAAGAACUAUAUGGACCUAAUGGAAUUGAGUUAAAUGACAUUCACGAUAAUGAUAAAAUUGAAGAGCUCAAAUCAAUAUACGAAUAUAUCGAGAGAAUUCAUAAUAUACCUAAAAUGGAUGAAAUUUCAUUGCAAAAUGAAAUUGAAUUGCAUAAAUGGGGUCAACAGCACAAAAUCAUACCUAAUGAAAUGCUUAAAUAUCCUGGGGUUAGUAUGUAUUAUUUAAGAAAAAAAAUAAAUGCUUUUAUAUUUAAAUGUACUUCAGAUUUUAACUUCACUCAUCAAGCAUAUGCCGUUAAUAACACUAUUGAAUAAGACGUAUUCUUUUGCUAAAUUAAGAUUAUUUCACAAUUCAACACCUCAUACAGGACUUACAGAAUACAUUUCACGCUUUACCAAUACACAAGAACUGAAAGAAUCGAGAAUUCAUCCUAUUGAGUCAUUUGUAGAAUAUGUAAAAUAUUCAAGGAUGAGCAAGUAAGUAAUAAAAGUACAAUUUAGUUAUAUAAACAUAAAGUACCAUAAUAUUUAAUGUAUAAUGUAUUAUUUCAGACAUAUUUUAACACUACAACACCGUGUAGUACAAAAAGAUUUAAACUGUAACAUUCAUGAUAGUUCUGAUAAAUUAAAAGUGUUAAUAAAAGCAAACAAAACAAACAAUAUAUGUGAAACUACAAAUGAAAUUGAGAUGACAGAAGAAGUUAAACAGGAAAAACAAUAUGAAAAUAAUGAUAUUCAAAAUCAAUCAAUUGGUCUACUCAUGUUGAAGCCACUUCCAAGACUUGUAGACGAGUUGUCAACAUUUUUGUCUGAAGAUCUAAUAAGAAAAACUUUACAAGUAUUUAUUUAUAAAAUUUUAUUCCAUUAAUUGAAAUAAGACCUAUUUAUUAUAUUAGUAUUAUCAUACUAAUGAAUGUAUAUAUAUAUUUGUAAGAAGUGAGAAUAUUUAAUAUUAAAACUUGUUAUUUAAAAAUGUAUUUUAAGUUUACACUUGUGUAAAUUAAAUUCUGAGCUGAACAAUGAAAUUAUUAAUCCAUAAUACUAAUCAGCCUAAUAAUAAAAAAUAUAUUAUAACAUUGUUUUAAAACUCUUCAGGUAAAAGUGCCAACUAUAUAGUACCUAAUUAAAAUCAGUUGGCUCUGAGAAAUUUUUGAUUUUCAUCAUUUUAAAAAUGUAUUGAUAAUUUAAACUAAUUAAAAUUCAUAAAAUUCUAAAUCAUUCAAUUUCAUAUUUUACUCUAUGUGGAAUACUAUAUUAAACCUUAAUUGAUUUUUUAUUCUAACACAAAAUUGUACAUAAAUCAUUUUUAAAUUAAUUAGUUUAUGUAAUGAAGAUAUUCAAAAUAAAAAUAAAAGAUUAACAAAAUUAAAUUUAUUUGAUUCUAAAUUAAUAGUUCUUAUAUUAGAUAAAAAAUACACCAUCAACAUAAGUAAUUUUUUUUCAGAACCUGGUUCCUUCAAAUCGUCGUAUAUUAAUAUUGUAUGACAGUCAAGUGGGUACGAAAUCAAAAAAAUGUUUCUAUACCAAUUUACUCAGCGUGCAUGAAGCUAUUACAAUGAUUAUACUCUCUUUGAUUUACCCAGAGACAUUAGAAAACAAACCAAAAAUACUUACCAUAAAAAACAAAUUUCUUACUGAAAAGAAAAUUGAUUAUAACCAAUCUUUAACUUUUUCCUAUUUGGAAUCUGUUUUAUACAAGGUAAACAUUUUUAUUUUUUUUAAAUAUAUUCAUAAAAUAUUGUGUAUACACAAUACUAUAUAUAGUACUGUAUACUUUAUAAUAUUGACUAAUUUACAUAUUUUUUUAGCAAACUUCUUAUUAUUUAGAUGAUGAGGAUACAUUGAAUUUUAAAUCCUUUAUAAACUGGGCUAGACGAUAUUCACAAAAUUAUGAUGUAUUUGUGUUAUUGGGAACUAAUAAAAUGAAUUUAAGAAAUAUCAAAAAAGCAAUUAAAAAUUAUCAACAAUUUUGUCAGAAUUCAGUGAAGUAUGAUUUAUAUUAUUAAAUAUAAAAUAUUUUUAAAUAAUAUUUAAUUUAGUAAAAUUAAUUAGUUAAGCAAUAAAACUAAAAUAUUAAGUUCAAUGUUAACUAUUAUAAAUUAAAUGAUGGUAAUAAAUUGUUUCAACCCCCUUUUAAAUUUUCCAGGAUCAUUGUGUGUUGUUUAAAUGGAAAGCAUGUUGAACAAAACAAUUUGAUAGGAAAUAAUCAGUUAUUUAUUGCUGGUUUUGAUAAAUAUAUUGGAAAAGUAAUUGAUGGAUUCAUAAAAGAAGAUUUUUAA